AUGGCACUGUUAAAAUCAAUUUAUCGUCUAUCAAUUCGUCAUUAUAUCACUCUAUGUUUUUUAGUCAUUGUUUUUAGCAUUGGUUUUAGUUUAACACUUUUUCGAAAAUAUGAUGAAGAAAGCUUGAUUGAUUUGAGUGAUUAUGAUGAUAAAAUUACUUUCUGGAGUAAUGAUUAUCAUAUAAGUCCCAUACAUGAUGUUAAACAAUUAUUAAUACCAUUAGGUGUUCGUUUUAUUGAUAAAAGUCUAUCAGGUUCAUGUAGUUUAACAGAUACAUGUGCAAAAAAUCUUCGUAUAUUAACAUCACAUAAUGGAAUGAAUCCAAAUAAAGCAAUUCGAAAACAAUUUUAUGAGUAUUAUAAAAAUCAUCCAUUAAUGAAUCGUGUUGAUGCAUUUAUUUGUUUCCAUCCAGCAGCUAUGUGUGAAUUGUUUAUGCCAUUUAAUCGUACAAUUAUUGUUAUUGCAUCAACACGUUAUGAGCUUGGACGAUUUUCAGCUGACGAAUGGAAUGAAUGGAACAAGAAUUUACGUAUUAUUGCUUCUGAUCCUCAAAAUGUCGUUGCUGGAAAUAAUUUGUAUGAUGCUGAAUAUAUACGAUAUUUUACUGGUAUCAAUGCAACUGUUUUACCCUCAAUAUGUAGUUAUACGAAAGUUGUCUAUCGACCAACAAAAAGAAAUCGUGAAUAUAUUUUUAUUCCAACACAUAAACAUAUUAAUUUUAAUGAACAAUUUCUUAAUGAAUUAAAACUUUCAAUAGAAAAAUUUAAUACAUCAAUAAUUGUUAAGCCUUUACGACAAUUAUAUAAAUUUUAUCGUUAUAUAAAUUUAGUUCGUCAUCCAGCUAUUAUCUAUUUACCAUAUCAAGUAUCACUUAUGAGUAUAUUUGAACAAUAUACUAUGAAUAUUCCAUUGUUUUUUCCAUCAAUUGAUCUUUUAACUGAAUGGCAUUUAAAAUAUAAUGUUGUGUUUGACCGAACAUGGGAUAAGGCUUUAACUGGCGUAGGUAAAAAUUCUUCAACUAUACCAAGUUAUUAUGUAAACUCCACUAUUCCUGAUCCAAAUAAUGAAUAUGAUUAUUCAGCAAUUCGUUAUUGGUUAAAAUUUGCUGACUUUUAUCAAUGGCCACAUAUAACUUAUUUUAAUUCAACAGACGAUCUUACUUUAAAAUUAAUAAAUACAAAUUUAACAUUUAUCAGUGAACAAAUGUCCAUAUAUAAUAAUCAAAAAAAACUUAAAUUACUUGAACAUUGGAAAACAAUUCUAAAUCGUAUAACUACAUCAUCAUUUUUUUUAAAGAAAAAAGAAAUGAAAAUAAAAAAUAAAUAA